UGAUACUAAAAAUAUAGAGAUAAAACUUCCUUUGGAUUCUCAAGAUUUACAGAAGAUUUUUUUAUGGUGUCUUUCAACAGCUUAAUGAAUGAAGUGGUUCAUACAUCUCCAACCAUAGGAAGCAACGUUGAAGAGAUAGUUGUGAAGAACACUCAUUUUCUUAUGUGGGAUAUUGGUGGUCAAGAAUCACUGCGCUCAUCCUGGAACACGUAUUACUCAAACACAGAGUUCAUCAUUCUUGUUGUUGAUAGCAUUGACAGGGAACGACUAGCCAUUACAAAAGAAGAAUUGUACAGAAUGUUGGCUCAUGAGGAUCUACGGAAGGCUGCAGUCCUUAUCUUUGCAAAUAAACAGGAUAUGAAAGGGUGCAUGACAGCAGCUGAAAUCUCUAAAUACCUCACCCUUAGUUCAAUUAAGGAUCAUCCAUGGCACAUUCAGUCCUGCUGUGCUUUAACAGGAGAAGGGUUAUGCCAAGGUCUAGAGUGGAUGACCUCCCGGAUUGGUGUGAGAUAACUUUUUGCUUGGAAAGAGACUGCUCUAUUUAUUCUGUGACAUGAACAUUUUCCUAGUACCUUUGGCUGCUAAGGCAGCAGCAUGUUUAAUUUAUAACAACACAAACCUCUAUGAGCAACACUUGAAUCAAGUGCAGCUGAACUGGAACAUAAAAAGAUUUUUUCUUAACUUUUUUUUAAUGCACUAAUCUUCAGUUGGAUGAACAUAAUGUAUAACUAUGUUUUCAGCAACAUAAUUCUUCUGACUGCUGAUUCUAAUUAUUCAAUGACUGCCUUGUAAGAAAUGUUUGUCAUAUGUUUAAUGUUUUCUGAAGUAUUGUAAUAACUUUAAUGACCAAUUUCUUGACCACCCCCUUUCCCUACCAGAUAAUUAC